ACCCGGGCAGGUUCGUCAGACAGCCCGUAGAACCUCUGGCCAAAACAGUGAGGGGAAAAAAACAAAAGAAAAACAAAAACCAUUGGACUCAGACAUCUGACUUUCAAACAGCUGAUUUCCAAAUGCCGAGACGGUUGAACAAGAGCCCAGCAUGGGGAUGUGCCUGCCGUGCCUCGGCGGAGCCGCGGACGACGUCGUCGUCACUCCAGAUCCCGACACGAGGAGACGACAGUUGGCUGAGGCCGCUGAGAAGAGACAGAAGGAGACAACAUACAGGGGUGUUAAAAAUCCAGAAGCGGUCGAGAGGAAAAGGAAAAAACAGGAAGAGACUGAGAAGCAGGCGAUGACCACCUCUGUGUCUGGAGGCGGUGGGUUAAAGUGGCAGGUAGGAUGAACACGCCGAUGGUAGAAUCUGAACUCUUGAAUCUGAAGUCCAAAACAACAUGGAGUGUCGCGGCGAGAUGACUUGGGAGACGUCCGAACUGCUGUCCAUUUUUCAAUGGUUACGAGACUAACGGCCACAGUUGUCAAGAGUCGUGCGAAGCAAUCUGAGGUGAAGAGAUGACAGCAGCACAGGCCCCCUUGUUGCCAAUUCACCAAGGCCAGCUUGGACCUUUGGACAAACCAUGGAUGAUACACAGUAAUAGUAAAAACAUACUAUUGCAUUAGUCUUAUUUGGCAGUUGAUUAGACAGUCUUCCUCAUUAAUAUAAUUCUAAAACCAUGUAUCUUCGGUGACUGUUGUCGUGUCAAGACGAGCUGUCCUCGACUCACCUAUAACAUGAGCUUCAUCACCGCACUUCUCCUGUUGGUUUUCAUAGUCACGGAUCAGUAUUCACUGUAUGUCUGUUAAUGGCCACAUUACUUUUUGUACAACUUCUCUAAAAAUCCAUUAUGCAAAUGACACAUUUCACAAGUUGGACACAAAUGUUUAUGUUUACAAAGAAACUUAAGUGUGCUUAUUAUGGCUUUAGUGUACAGCAACAAGCAUCCAUUUACCACUCAUUUCACCUUGCUCGAGGCUCUAUGUGUCGGUAACACAAACGCUGGUGCAAACAGGGCCGCAACUUGUUGGUAAUUACUGAACUUGUAAUUCACUCUGCUGGUCUCUGAGUUAUGCGUCUGACUGAGUCAUUCGGUGCAGAAGGCAAUGCUAGGUGUGUCUUCAACAUAGUGCUGAAAAUCAGUUUGACAACCAGGUCUGAUUCAGUCAGUAAGCACAAACUACAUACCUCUCAUACAAAAGGUGCAGCAGCAACAGAAUGAAAAAUGUAAAACAACACAUUCUCAAGUGAAAAAUAGUAAAUACUCUAAUGACCUAUUGUGAACAUGACCUAUUGGGAUCCCUCUUUAAUAGAGCUUGUUUUUUAAUGGAGCCUUUUUUUGUUUUUUCUCUGCACAAUUUCAGUUUGUUUUAUUGAAUUAGAUUGAAUGCAAAACACAGAUCUGUCACCUGCUUUCUUUAAAGAUCCGAAAUUUGUUUAUGAAUUGCCAUAUGACAAACAGAAGCCUUAGUUAGAUAUCUACUUGCACACAGCUUGACAAUAUUAGGUAAACGGCGAAUAUGCUUGCUUACAUUCAAGAUGAAACUGAAGGAAAGAACAAGUGAAUUGUGUAUAUUGUUUUGUUUUUUACUCUGACUUUGCUUAACAUUUCUUAAAACAUUCACUUGAUCCUAAAUGCUUCUGGUGCUCUCUCCGUUUUGUAGAACAGGAAAGCCAAUGGUAUUUGCUACAAUAAAUCACAUUUCUGCUA